GGUGCGGCCUGGUAUUCCGGUGGUGUAUGUGCUCGUGUCUUGUUGUGGGAAUCCAAAAGAUCAGAAGUUCGGCUUAACUCGUCGUUUUAGUUCAGCCGUUGCGCACGCGGCCACGUGCUCCAUGUAUAACGUCUGUGUUCUGUUAGCAGCUUUAAGAAUUAAGCUAAGGUGACUGAUCGAUCAGGAAUCGGUUGGUAUUGAUCCUCGGAGGAGACGUGAACAGGUAUUGCAGAGAUGGAGGCGCCUGCAGGAGAACAGCUGUGUGUGUUCCUGCUGAGAGAUGGAGGAGAGGAAGAAGAGGAGGAAGAAUUGGUGGUGGUGAGGAGCAGGGAGGUGGGCUGCCAGUGGGAGAGUCCUGAGGAGGAGGAAGAGAGGGAGAGGAAGGAGGUGGGCUGUCAGAGUGACUCUGCAGAGACGAGGGACGCCGGCAUCCAGGUGGACCUGCUGAGUCAGCAACUGAGCUGGAGACACUCAGGUGAGGAUAAAGGUUCGUCUGCAAUGCUGCUGCAGUGCCUCACUGUCAGACCCGAUGGAGCCGACGGCGGCGCUCUGCUGCAGCACUGCACCACCAACCGGACCAGAACCAGAACCAUCCGACCUCCCAACAAACCUUUUUCAGAGCCUGACCAGCCCAGGACCAGCACCCGGAAGAGACUGUCGACUCAGAGCUCCAAAUUCACCAGAAAAAGUCGCCUGCGCCGUAAACCACCUGAUCCCCAACCAGAGGAGGAGGAGGAGGAGGAAGAGGAGGUGGUGACAGUGGAGGAGGACACAGGUGACCCAACCUGGACUCCACCUAAAGGAGAUGUAGCUUCUCUGCCUCCUUCAGCUCCUGGUGACCCACAGCUGGACUCAGACUCCCAGCAUGCACCUCUGCAUUCGGUGAAGCUGGAGCCCGACACCACGGUGUGCGACGUCUGUGGUAAGGUGAUGAAGAACAAGUCGAGUCUGGCGCGUCACUCCUUCAUCCAUACGGGGAAGAAGCCGUUUGCCUGCCACCUGUGUGAGAUGCGUUUCAAUCGCCGUGACAACCUGCAGCACCACCUCAACCGGCUGCACCCAAACGGCGUAACCAAGCUGGAGAAGCAGCGCACGGCGGCGUCGUGGCUGUGUGCCGUGUGCGGGAAAACGUUCAGCUGCCGCUCACGGCUGAAGACCCACGAGGUCAUCCACUCGGGCGUCAAGCCGCACCGCUGCGACCUCUGCCCCAAAGCCUACAUGAGGGUAAACGACCUGGAGCACCACAAGAAGGUGGUCCAUGUGGACGGCGCCACCGAGCCGCAGCGACCCAGCUCGCUGCUCUGCGACCUCUGUGGCAAAGAGUUUAAAUGUCGGUCGCAGCUCGCCAUCCAUUUCCAGACGCACACUGGCGAACGGCCGCAUCUCUGCGACCUCUGCGGCCGAAAGUUCGCACGCCAGUACCAGCUGAGGCGCCACAAAAUCGUUGUCCACACCAACCAGGCGAAUGGCGAGGGGAACCUGUCGCCAGACGCCCCAUUCACCUGCGGCGUCUGUGGGAAGCGUCUAAAAUCAGAGGCACAGCUUGCCGCUCACGCCCACAUCCACACGGGCGACAAGCCGCACCGCUGCAGCCUCUGCCUGCGCAGCUUCCAGCGUGCCACCUGCCUGAGGCAGCACCACGCCCGCGUCCACCUGAAGGUGAAAACUGCCGAUUCCCAGCGUGCUGCCGGCCGCAGGAGAAGCGUAUCCUCGUCCAGCGUGUUCCCCUGCUCUGUCUGCAGCAAGGUCUUCAAGUUUCGGUCUCUGCUGGCGAGCCACGCCCUAAUCCACAGCGAGGUCCGCCCGUUCGCCUGCGACUUCUGCAGCCGCACCUUCCGCCGCCUUAGCCACCUGAAGCGUCACCGCGAGGUGGUGCACGCCAACGGGGCUCGUCUGCCAGAGAGCUUCAUCUGUCACAUCUGCGGCAAAGACAAGAAGUGCCGCUCGCAGCUUGCCAGACAUGUCAUCAUUCACACCGGCGAGCGGCCAUAUGCCUGCGAACUCUGCCCCGCACGCUUCAAUCGCCACGGCAACCUGCAGCAGCACAAGAGGCGCAUGCACGGCGUGGGCAAGCCGGAGGCCGUAGAGGGCCCACCCAUCCUGUUUGACGAUGACAUGGGGGACGCUCUAACGUACAAACAGGAGGAGACAGUGGUCUCUAUGGAUACGGAAGGUGAGCAGAUUGAGGCUGCAACGAACGAUGAUGCAGACAUCAUGGAGGAGCUGGACGCCACCUGAUGAAGUGCUGCACUGAGCACGCUCAGUGUCAACAGUCAGGAGAGGAGAGCUCCAAUUAACCGAUUCUUUCAAUUAAACUUGACACAUCACAUGAUCUUCCUCAGAUGUCAUGGAAACAGCCGUGUGUUGUAAGGACACAGAUGGAGAAAACUGAUUGGCUUAAGUGUUUAGAUGUGUGACAAAUGAGCAGAGGGAGGCGUCCCCAUGACAACAAGGACUGAAUUUUAAGGGUCAGUAAUGUCUCAUAGUGAUGAUGUCACCAGCCAGACCAUGAUCAGGACGUGCCCGCGUGUUCAGUCCAGUUUCAUUAAACUAGAUCCAGAUCCUGAGUGAGGUACAGGUCUGGACUCUGUGGUUCUGAUGCAGAUGUUAAGAUGAUGUGUGUUAAAACUGGACAGUAUGAACAAAGUUGUGUAAAAAUUCCUGGUUUUGGACUUGAACAUAAAUGAAUGAAACCAA